AGAGGCUGAGACAAAUGAUCUAUGGACGCAGAGGGCAGAGAGUUGAACCUCACACAGGAUGGUCUGACUGAAGUGACGUGGCGUAAAGAUGACAAAAGACGAAAGUCAGGUCCUCCAUCAGCAAGACCAAGGCAGAAAUUCCAGCAACAAAAAUCAGAUGCUGUGGUAGUCGAGGACGCAAACUCUGUCUCUUCAGAGCUGGCCAGCUGGAUCAAAGCCAACGCUAAAAACCUCAAGAUUCGGCAGAAAGACCGCUGCUGGGCUGCAGAGAUGGUCAACGAUUUCCGUGAAAACCUGCUGAAAUUCCUGCGGAGCAACAAGGAUCAGCCCUUCUUCCAGUCGGCUGACUUCCUCAACACUGGCAGCUACUUUGAGAAGGUUAAGAUCCACAGCCCUGAUGAGUUUGACAUGAUGCUGAAGCUUCAAGCUCCAUCACCUCUCAAAAUGACAGCGCUUGACAGCGGAGUCUUCUACCACAUCGAGCUGAUGCGGCCCACUCGGACCCCAAUAGAGGCCUUUCUUCUGGAGGACGAGCGCACGGUCUCAUCAAGCAAGAUCCUGAGUGAGAUGUACCGCCUGGUUCGCAAAUUCCUCAAGAGCUAUAAAGUACCUGAUAAACGCUGUCGCUGGGAGGUGAACAGGAAGCAUCCGACCUCGCCAGCUGUGACUUUGUCUCUGCUCAGAACAGAGAACGACACGGAGGAGCUGAUCUCUGUGGACGUGGUUCCUGCUCUGGAG